GCCAUUCCUACAUCCUUUUAGUUUUACUUUAGUAGGAGAUCAAAGGACUCCUUGCUUGAACGUAAACUCAGUCAUGUUCCACUCUCGAGCUCUCAAGCUAUCAUCCCAGAUUGCCAACAACAGUCCCAGGAAGUUCUCGACCAGUACUAUCCGAACGGGCUCGCACCAACUGCUCAAAAACCUACCAUACGAGCGAUCGAAGAUCUAUUCGGUCAUCGUCGACGUCCAAUCGUAUCCUGAGUUCAUUCCUUACUGUCUCUCGACAAGGAUCAUCGAACCGGUCACUCAACUGGAUCAGAAGAAGGAGAACCAUAAGGAGCAAGAUUCGCAAUCAACUCGUAGUAAUCUCAUCAACCAUCAGUUUGAAGUCUUCACUCGGAUCGGUUAUAAGGGCUUCGAAACUGACUAUCACAGUCAGGUGAUCUGUGAACCAUUCGAAUCAGUCAGAGUCAUAGCAAAGCCUUCAUCGACCUUCACCAACCUAACCACCACCUGGACACUCUCUGAUCCUCCCUGUUCAUCAACAUCAUCAACAACGACAAGCAAUUCGAAGCCAGUCACCCAAGUCGGCCUAGAUCUUUCGUUCAAAUUCAAGAAUCCGAUCCACGAAUACCUGUUGACCGAUCAAGCGAUCUGGAAGAAAUUCAGCACUCUGAUCAUCAAAUCCUUCGAAGAUCGAUUGGCCUCUCUAAACUGAAUCACUCCUCAUCCAUCUAUAGAUAUCCUCAUGCUUUUCGUCUUCCUUGCUUGAGAACGGCCUCUCUUAAUUUAUCACAAACUGUCUCGGCGCGGUGGUGGCUCUCUACAAUGUCCUGGAAGCUCGGAAUCCAUUUUUUGAACGCACUUUUAGGAAAUGUGUAGAGUAAGGGGAUCGUAUUCAGGUCUGGAACGUCAACAGGUUUUGAGGAAAGUGAUUUUUUGUUGGAAUGUGAUCAUUAUAGAUCCCUCUUUCCACAUUAUUUUCCUAAAGACUAUGAUCUUGAACCAUCUUAAAACAGGUUAUUUUUAUGAAGAAUGCUCAAAUUGAAGACUCUAUGAAAGUCUACACAUACAAACAUGAUCCAUGACUCUUUUUCUGACAAUUGAGAUAAGAUUUUCAAAGCAUUGUUGUUACAAAUAAUCAGCUACCAAGAAAUGGAUUGACGUGGAUGAUAGACUUUGGAUAUAUGGUGAAGCUCAGAUCAAUAUUAUAACACAGAUAAAGAUAGGUUUGUUUAUGUGAGAUACGAAAGAAAUAAACAAAAUAUGAAGAAUCCCUUUUUUGAUGCAAGUUUUGUCCC